GUCAUUGCUAUGGCAACCCCUGGAACUUGUUGCCCAUCCUCAGUGGUCGACUUGUCAGUGUCGAAGGAACUGCAACAUGUGCUGCCGGUUCGGAUAAUUACAGUUUUGCUGAGAAUACGAGUUUUGUAGAAGUUAUUUAUCGUUCGACAUCAUAUUUUCAAGCUGGCGACAUUUGUUACUCAACGAAAGACUUCCAGUCCUCUUGGUUUACAUGCCAUGAUGAAGCAGCCACGGCUACCCGGAGCUGAGAAAUUCAAGUUUGCAUCCUCAGACAAACCCCUGUCUUCUACGCACAUAACCUUGAAUCAUUCGAAAUAUAGACCUCUGUCUGUUUCCCAAACAAGUGAGUCCAGUGCACCAUCCCCUCAUCACGUAUUUCACUCACGCACAUCGUCUAUCUCUAGUCAAAAUGAACUCAGACCGAUGUCAUCCACUUUAUCAGUGCCAACCUUGAAUCGGAACGACUCCAAAAGACGAGCUGUUUUGCCUAUCACGUGUAAAAAGACCUCCAGAAUGUUAACGAACACAAAUGUUGAACUCACUGUGGACCCCGCCGACUUGAGUUCCGAAGAAAAUGGAAAAUCGCCGAGACUAAGUUUGGACUCAACAAGAGUUCCAUCUUGUCCCAAUCUGGAAAGCUCGUCUAGAAGCUUGAAUUCCUCGAAGACCUCUUUGGAUACAUAUUUUCGUAAGAUGUCUUUGCAGAAUUCUACUAUUCGUGAAUUGCCGCCAAAUUUUGAUUGGAAAAAUAUUAGAGCCUCGCCAUCUAGACUUUCUGCAUCUUGUUCCAGUUCUUGCUCCAGUGAAGAAAAUGUCUGGGUUUUGAGAGAAGGUUUAUAAGUCCUUUUCCAUUGAAGCGUGGUUAUAACAAGUGCAAAGUGAGAAUUAAAGGAAAAAAAAAACAUUUUUAUCUAGUCUACAACUUCCUUUAGAACAAAAUUGGUGUCAUCUAACAAUAAUCAAUCAAAUAUCUGACCACAUAUGAUUUCAUCUUAUUCAGAAGGAUUCCAUCUUACUUUUCGCAUUUUUAUUUGAAUUAUAUGAACAAAAUGUUUUUAAUAUAAAAUUCCGGAUUAUGUAGACUACUUUUUAUGUUCUUGAAUCUUGUUAGAAGUUGAAAUGUUUUAUCAUGCAUUGUCGUGUGUCUUUUAAUAGUUGCUAACUUACCAUCUCAUUGUAUAGUAAGUGUUUUAUCUAUGGAUAUAUGUAAAGACAUGUGUGAGUAUUUAACCAUUUAUGAUAUAUUAUAGUAUACAUUUGUUCCAUUGUAAGUUAUAAGGAUUUUAAAAACUUAGACGGUAGAAUCUUAUUAGAAUCCAUAAAAGACUCAUUUACGCAAUCCUUUUCUUUAGACAUAUCUAAGGAUAGAAAUAAUUAUGUAACUGUAAUAAAAUAGAAAAAUUCCGAAAUUUUUAAUAAUUUGAGAAAGGGUCACAAAAUAUGCGUUGUUAAUUUAACAGUUAGUUUUCUAAAAUAGUAUUCCGAUCCUUCUUUGGGAUUAAUUGAAUCAAAGUUACGAAAAUUUUCCUUUACUAAAAUUACACGACUGGCGUAGAUGUACUCACAAUUUUUGGGCAACUCCAAGUAAGUAUGUAAGGAAGUAAACUAAUAUUGUAAAGUGCAUAUUAGAUAUUAAAAAAAAAAAACAUUUAGUGAAAUAUAAUUAUUCAGAUGAUUUUUGAUGAUGAAUUAUUCAGAUGAUGAUGAAAUCUUUGUCGGAACUCAUAAUUAAGGAAGCCCUGCAUUAUACAACUCCAGCAUGUUUUCGAAAUUCAGUACUCUUCACUAGAAAAGAUACUUUGAAUUUAUUUGAGGUAGGAAUAGUUAGGAAUGAAGAGUGUGAUUUAGUUUUCUUUAAAAUAUAAUUUUCAUUCUUUGUUUAAAAGAAAUUUUUUCAUUCCCAGUGCAGUAACAUAGGUGCGCAUGUUACGUUAUUGAAAAUAUGCAUUCAUAUGUUGAAUUACUGAACUCAGGCGUUUCUUGUUAUUGUUUUAAAAUUACUUUUUUUUUAAUUGCUCUGAAAUGUUUUAUUUUGGAAAAGUAUAAAAAUGUGAGUAAAAUUUUUCAUUAUUUGAUAUGGAAACUUGGAUAAAUCAAUUUUCUAUAUAACAUGUUUCUCAAGACUUUCGUUGCUUUGCUAAUGUCCGUUAAUUUUUUUCUGUUAACUGUAUAUUAUUUGAAGAUAUUGUCUGAAAAUAAGAAUUUCUGAAUAAUAAACAAUCAUUUUUGUAAAUUCAGAUCAGUAUAAUUACGAAAGUUACCCUUAUUCUUAUUUACGUGCAUUAUAUUGUUUGUACAUUUGAGGUCAUGUUGUUAUUGAAUUAUGCUUUUCUUGCGUGUGAUAAUAAACAUUUUUUUUACAAAUACAAAAUUUAGUUAAAAAGAUAAGUAUAUAAUCUGGAUAUUUGGGAUUUAUUGUUUUAAAAAGACAUUUGAAACUAUUCCAGUGAGAGUUAUUGGAUGAAUAAUGCUGACAUUUUGUUCUUGCACAUUUGUGCUAUUGACUGAUUUUAUAUAUUAUUUACUUUUAUGUAAAUAUUCUAUACAUGAAUGGAUUUUUGACAAAAUAAGCAUAGCAACAAGUUGACAUUUUGAACUUACUUCAUUAUAUAUAAAUAAUUAGAAGCGUUUCCAUUUUGUGUGUAAAUAAUUCAUAGCAUGUUUUGCAUUGUAUUCAAGUGUGCAAUUUCUCAGCAUCAAGACUGUAAAUCUGAAGACUGUACUAGUCAUAAA